GUACGAACAUCGAGGUGCGGACUCUUUCGGCCCCGUGCACCGAUUUACAGAUGCAUAACGGUAUAACCAGCAGGGGUACACCUUUCCAAUCAGAGCGAGUCGAGACAGAGUUUCUGCAGAUUGAGUAGUUAUUCCAACUUCAGAGGAUGAGCAUUGGAUUGCCAAGACUAAAGACGAACCACAUUGAUUGCGUUCAUCAAAUGAACACCGUCUUUUAGCAAUUAGACUUACUCGUGGGGGCUAUUUUCUGCCCGACGUUUAUAAAUCCAUACGGGUCUGUAAAGAAGAUAUAAAAGAGCAACUAUACCUCCUCGUCUUUCGAUUCGAGUUUCUAUCAGGUCAUCGACUCAGGCUCUACAAUCACUCAAAUCACUCACAAUCACCUGCAAUCGAACUUCGCCUCCAGGUUCUCUUCUUCCACUCAACUACCAGCGUAACCUCACCACCGUUCGACGCAAUGCAGUUCUAUAUCCUCUCCCUCCUAUCUCUCUCCGCUCUCGCCCUCGCAGCGCCUCAAGCGAACGUUGCGCCUACAUGCGGAAGUGACGGCGACUGCACUAGCUUCUGCAGCGGGGGGCCAUGCACGAAGCCAUUCUGCGGACUCUCUGCUUUUGGUGACGACCGCUGCUUCUGCGGUGGAUGCUAGACAGCAUGACUACAUCUCCCUUCAAACGCGAGAGAGUCUAUGCGCCGAGGGAUUGUGCCGGGAAAACCAAGAAGAUGCGGCUAUUGUAUAUAUUCAAGGCCAUGGUUAAGCAGGCGCGAGGAUGGGCUGCGUGAAGCCAUUGAUAUCUUGAAGGGCGUGCAUUAGCACGUCAUAUUUCCGUGCUGGAGAGCAUUAAACCAAGCGCCCAUAUGAGAUGACGUCUGUUUUGAAAAUUUGAAGCGAUUUUUCUGUUAUCACGCUUCCUCUUUGAGUGAGAAUUGGAAUCGCCUGAAGAAACAAGAAAAACCACACAGAGAUUUUGGAAUGAUCGGCCGUAGCAACUGAAU